GCAAGUUUUUCUGACUCAGCUGUUCGCAUCUUUUUCUGGCAAAAUCCUUCGUUUAAUUUUCAAAUUUCGUUCGCACCGUCCGAUCCAUCGACAGCAUGGAUGAAGUUCCGGACAAACCAUCCGAUUCGGGUGCGAUCCCACCUCUGGAUCCUAGCAAGACGCCGAAACAAAUCUACUUUGAGCUCCUUCGCACCUGGGUCCAGCACGCUCAAAUGCAGCAGCAACUUCAAGCCUAUUUUCCGUACUACCUGCUGAACAACUAUCCCCAGCUGUUCCAGCCGGCAGCUGGAGUGGCCGGAACGAACGGGCAGCCGGUGGCAGGCAAUGGAGUGGUUGCCAAUGCGGCCGGAAAUCAAGUCCAGGCACAGCCAAAUACCAAUCAGCGAAGGGGUGCCGAACUGCUGGAUCCCGCUCGGCAGGAGGAAAUUAUCAAUCGCAAUGGAGGUUACGAGUACGUAAUAGCACCACUCUGGAAGCGUUUCGUGGCGGAAGCAAUCGAUAUCGUGAUCAUUUUCCUGCUCAAAGUUAUGACGACGAUGGCAUUUAUCGACUUUUUCGAUAUUGAUUUGUUGGACAUCGACUUCGACGCCAUCCGAAACUCGAUCGAGGAGGAUUACACCGAACUGCUGUCGUUCACGUCGGAGCUUAUUUUCCUCGAAAUUAUAACGAAAUUCGCCGUUUGCAUUUACGAAACGGUUUGGACAAUCCACGGGCAGGGCCAGAUCGGUGGCGCUACUCCGGGAAAAAUGUUGAUGGGCAUCCGAAUCGUGCACGUUGAUGCGGUAGUCCUGCUGGAUCCUCCACAGCCAGGGAUGGCGGCCAACAAUCAAAAUCCAAUCAAAGCCCUGCUCUAUCCGGCAACGAAUCCGGGCUUCAAGCGCGCCCUCUGCCGGUCGAUUGCGAAGAACGCCCUGAUUGCGCUCUUCUUCCCGAUGUGCUUCCUGAUGUUCUUCUUCAAGCACAACCGAACCAUGUAUGAUAUCAUGACCAAGACGAUCGUGGUGGAGGAUAAUCCGGCACCGAUGCUUCGGAGGCGCUAGGGUGGUCGCUGCUGGGGGGGUUAAGUGAAGGUAAGUUUUUAAAGUCAUUAUUCUCUGUGUUAACACUAUGAAGUCACGGUUUGGAAGCAGGGUUGCCUCUGGCUUUCGGAAUGCCAGUAAACUUUUUUUUUGUAAGGAUUGUGUUGUACAACAAAGGAUGGCUGUGUUGUAUUGAUGAAGGCGUAUGAACGGUUUACCAAAUAUUCUUGUUUUAAUCCAAAUAAAUAUAGCGGUACAAAUAUA